CUCCCCGUGGCAGAGCCAGCCUGUUGCAGUGGAGUUUCCAGCUGCUUUCACCACAGCUAUUGCAGCAAGGAGCUUUUUCAAACAUCCAUAGUGGGAGUGUGGCAGCAAUCCAGUUUGAACAUGGGUUUGGCACAAGGCAUUCUGACCCUCCCGGGGACGGGGCCUUGAACAGAGGAAGUGAAAGCGGAGCCAUAUGGAAGACAUGCGAGAGCCAUGCAGCCCCCGGGAAGGUCCAGAGGACAGACUGAUUGUACUGGGCAAUAAAGUGUAUUAUUAGGUGUUCCCUGUUACACCCACAGAGCAACCAGCGUGCAUUAUCAUUCCUCUUGGGGCGUCCCCUGCCCCACUUUGCCUAUAAAAGCCUGAAAUCAACGUUUUUGCCUCACACGCCAAAAUGAAGCUGACAAAGGAGAAGCAGGAGAGCUCUGACGCCUGCAGGGGCAGGAAGGGGAAAAUGACACUUCUGCUCGCAGGUGUAACGCUGGUAUCGGCCUUUGGAUCGUCUUUCCAGUACGGUUACAAUGUCUCCGUGAUCAACUCUCCAGCUGUGUUCAUGCAAGAGUUUUACAAUCAAACCUACCUUGACAGGAAUGGCAUCCCGAUGGAGAGCAGCUUCCAAAAACUGCUCUGGUCUCUCACAGUAUCUAUGUUCCCACUCGGAGGUUUCUUUGGGUCCCUUAUGGUGGGCCCUCUGGUGAACAAAUGUGGCAGAAAGGGCACUUUGCUGAUAAAUAACAUCUUCUCCAUUGUCCCUGCCAUCCUCAUGGGAAUUUCCAAGGUGGCAAAGACCUUUGAGGUGAUCAUCCUCUCGCGAAUCAUCGUGGGAAUAUGCGCUGGCCUGUCCUCCAAUGUCGUUCCCAUGUACCUGGGAGAGAUGUCCCCCAAAAACCUGAGAGGUGCAGUCGGGGUGGUGCCCCAGCUCUUCAUCACCAUUGGCAUCCUUAUAGCUCAGAUCCUGGGUCUUUCUAACAUCCUUGGAAACCUGGAAGGCUGGCCAGUGUUACUAGGGCUAACUGGGAUCCCUGCAGUGGUGGAACUCCUCCUGUUGCCCUUCUUUCCUGAGAGUCCCAGGUACCUACUGAUACAGAAGGGCAAUGAAGAACAAGCCAGGCAAGCUCUGAAGAGGCUGAGAGGCUGGGACAAUGUGGAUGACGAGAUCGAAGAGAUGCGUCGGGAAGACCAGUCAGAAAAGUUGGACGGUCGUCUGUCCGUGUUCAACCUCUGCACCUUCCAGGCCCUGCGGUGGCAGCUCAUCUCCAUCAUUGUCAUGAUGAUGGGCCAGCAGCUUUCUGGAGUUAACGCGAUCUUCUACUAUACAGAUGAAAUCUUCAAGUCUGCAGGUGUGAAUGAAACCGACGUGCAGUAUGUCACAGUGGGGAUAGGUUCAGUCAAUGUGUUCAUGACUUGCGUAGCGGUUUUCAUCAUUGAGUCCCUGGGGAGGAGACUUCUGCUUCUUUCUGGCUUUGGGAUCUGCUGUGUAUCCUGUGCUGUGUUAACGAUGGCCCUCAACCUCCAGGCCACUGUCUCCUGGAUGCAGUACCUCAGCAUAGCCUGCGUCAUCGCCUAUAUCAUUGGACACGCUAUCGGAGCUAGUCCAAUCCCCUUUGUGAUGAUAACUGAAAUGUUCCUUCAGUCGUCUCGGCCUGCGGCCUUCAUGGUGGGUGGAUCUGUGCAUUGGCUCAGCAACUUCACGGUGGGGCUCGUCUUCCUUUAUAUGGUGGAAGGGCUUGGACCCUAUUGCUUCCUCGUCUUCUGCGCCGUCUGCCUGGUCACCUUCAUUUACAUCUUCAUCAUUGUCCCCGAAACCAAGGGCAAAACCUUCAUGGAGAUCAAUCAGAGCAUGGCCAAGAGGAACAAGGUAGAAAUCCAGAUGGACAAAGAAAAGCUGAAUGAUUUCCAGACUGCCUCGGAGACACAGAAGAGGAAGGAAGAAGCACACUCAGACACUGUGCUCUGAUCCGGUCCAGCAUCCCGAUUCACACAGUGAUGACCACGGUUUCUCUUCAGUGGGGGAACUGCUUCCUGGCUGGACCUUUGCUUUUUCAUUCAAAACUUUUUCUGCAUGUCUCCCACAGUGGGAGAGUGUCCAAAGAAGCCAGAGAGGGGAGUCACACUAGCUGCUCCUGCCAGCACUAGCAUGAAUGUUGGUGGUAAUGUUUGGGUUUAGAAAAUUAAUCUUUCUCUGCAUUCACAGGUUGAGCUAACCGGGGACCCUACCUCUCAGCCAGCAAAAAAUUGUCACUUAAUGCUUAAGGAGCAUGUCCAAAAUGCUCUGUAAACUAGUCCAAAUUCUGGAGAGGCAGGUAUCGCUGUCCCUGUCUUACAGAUAGGGGAAACCGAGGCAGUGAAAUUUACAGAGUCAUUUGCAGAGCCAGGAUUAGAUUCCACAAGCGUCUACCUUCCAGCCCUGCUCUGGCCAGUAGGCUGUGCUGUCCCCUGGUGGAUGUAGGCUGCCAGUUCAAUGGGAGCAGCAUAGCUCUGGUGUCAUUCUGGUACGAAACAAAACAAAACAAUACCAAGGGCCUGGCACAGUGAAUGCUCUGGGGCUGGGUAGGGAGUGGGUCAGUGAGGGGCCCUGGCCCACCCUCAGGACCUGCUUUGUGUGGCUGCCUUAGGGCUCAUCCGGCAGCAAGAGAGACCCCACCUGGGAUGCAGUGUGGGGCAUCCAGACCUGGCUGUGCAGAGUGGGGAAAGCUCUCGCCAUAAGCCUAACACCCCGUCCCUCUGUCCCUGCUGCCUGGAGACUGGGACACACGGGGGUAUCGCCCUGAUGCCUCCUCUGGCAGAUUUGACUCUUUGGGCCUAACACAACAUCAUGCAGUGAGGUGGCCGGGAGUGGUGCCACCGUGAUGCAGGGUCCAAGCUAUGGUGCCAUGCGUGACUUCCCAGCAAAGGAGCAAACACAGCUCCUCCUCCUCCCUCCCCCUGCUACUCCGGGUGUUUUGCACCCCUGGGUUCAUGAUUUCAGUGGGUGCCGUUGAAUCCAUGAACCCCCACUAAAGCUGUCCCUGGUGCUGCCUGUCCAGUUAACUAUCCCUAAUGCAGUUUCCGUCACACAUAGCAGGGCUGGGACAAACCAGCUUGGAGAUAACUAGGCCCCUCCCAGGUCCGUGCCAAGCAAGCAGGCUGUGAGCCCCUGUGAGCGCACUCUGGCUUUCGUCAUCACUGGAAGUAUUGUCCCACUCCACCAUUCAAGGCAAUGUUGCCGAAAGAGCCACCCAAUGAAAACUGAGUGAUUGGCCCCCUGCUGUAAUCCUCCUAACCAAACAGAGGAAGCUGGUGCCUCUGAGAGCCAGUGGGCAAAAGCUCCAUCAGGCAGAAGUGUGAAGAUCCUUGAUGUGGCAAUAGCUAGCGAAAGCGGGAGGUCCCCGGAAUGAACUGGUGAGGAAGAGGGUAACAUUAGCCCUUAAUGCAGAAAGGACUCUUGCUAGGUUGUGCUGGACCGAUUGGUUUGUAGCGGUAAAUAAAUCUGAUUGGAUGAAAACUUC